AUGCAUUGGGCAUCGUGGUUUAAUUUGGCCGCCAUCGGUCCAGUCAUUGGGUAUUGCCACCCACAGGACAGUUCCGAUAGCGUCACAUCACGCUCGAUGACAGCGCAGUCCUUACUCGCCCGAGGGAUUGUGGCACUGGGAGGGUUGGAAAAGUUGUCUCAAGUUACUUCCUUGACCUACAUGGGGGGAGACAUUUAUCGAACAAAGUCUAUGCUAGAGACUUUCAGCCUGAUCGGAGUCGACAAGUCUAUCUCCACAGCGGGAGUACAGAAUGUUUCCUUCUCUUACAACGGGCUCUCUAUUCAGCAGCGAAUCGACAGAUCUCACCAACUAGGUGAAUACUGGACCUUCGCUCGGCCGACGCUUCGACCCAUUAACUUCUCCUUGCUCGUCCAUGGAGGAGAUGACGGUUUUGCCGCGGUUGUCAACGGAAGUUUCUCGCUGUUUGCCCCUGGUGCACCGCCCUCGGGCUAUGUGGAUGGUCUUCUAGCUGCUUACCUUAUAAGAGAAGCACACAGAAUGUCACCUUUACUGUUGCUUGAGAUGAUGUCGAAUAACAAGUCCACUAUGCGCCAAGAAAAGAUCGAUGCACACGUAUCAUUGCCAGCAGUCCACGAUGCGGUUCUUAACUUGACUGCUAUUUUCGACCCUCGUACUGGGCUUCCAUACAUGAUUCGCUCCCACGAACGCCACGAAAUUCUGGGCCAAUCGACACAGGACCUAGUGCUUACAGGGUACACCUCUGUGAAUGGCCUGCAGUUCCCUACAAGGUUUAAGUCUAUAUACAACGGUUAUAAGGUCUUUGCAGAUUACGCAGUCAGCGAAGUGCUCGUCAAUGUCCCCGUUGACAUGGAUUUCGAAAAUGAUCGCGACCGCCAACCGGAACACGCACCGGCUCGGAAGCCUGGCUAUGAAUUUGCAGAGAUUGGUGAGCUUUACGAAAGCCAUGUCUGGGGUGGGGAAUACCGUGGAACUCUGCCAAAUCUCACUGCGAUAAAUCCCUACCCUGAGCUUCCGGGAGUAUGGACACUCACAUUCCAGGAUGCGAACCUUUACCGGCAGAUGGUGUACGAGUUUGAGGACUUCGUUGUCGUUCUGGACUGCCCCCCGCACCAGAGUCAUCUGGUAAUCCAGUGGGUGAAAGAAAAACUCAAAAAGCCUCUGAAAUAUGUCUGGCCGUCUCACCAUCAUCAUGACCAUGCUUUGGGAGUUCGGGACUACGUUCAGGCUGGAGCUAAAGUCAUAGCGCUUGACUUUGCCCGCGAUUACUACUCCACAGUUCCGCUAAAUAAGUUCGUCACAUACAGCACGAAAAAACCAUUUAUUUUUCGCGACAAGACCAUGCAGGUGGCAUUUGUACACAUGGAGCAGUCCGUCCAUGCCGCAGACUACGCCUAUGCGUAUGCGUCCCCAGCUUGCCCGACAGCCAACAGCACAACGGUUAUAUUCGACGCUGAUGAUGCUUCCCCUGCUGGCCUUACACUUACCGAUCAUUCUGUUCUUCUUGCAGCCCUGAGCGAGCUGGCACGUGACGGAGUUUCUAAGAAAUCGAUCUUUCAUCCUGCACACAGUGAUGGAUUACCCUUCAAAGACAUAAUCGAUGCAACCGGAUACUACUACCCCAACCAUAUUGCCUUGGACUUUAAGUUCCUCCGGUCAAGUUGCUAAGAAGCCACUUAGCAUUUGUUAAGAUAUUCGUAGAUUAACUCACCCUAUAGAUAAGUUCGAGC